UCGUUCGGGUAGACAAGGUGAUGGUUGAAUGGUUGCAGAGUUGCAAUUGCAGAAGGUACCAAAACGAAACGAAACAAAAGAAAGAGACACAGAAAAACCAACCAUCGAUUUGAAGAGAGUGAGUUGGGUGGGUGCGGGCCCCACUUCAUCUCUCUCUCUUAAUCCCAUUCCCACUCAUUCCCUCUUCUCACAACACACUCCGAUCCAACAACCAUUCUCCACCACCGCAACCGUCACCACCGCCACCAUGUCCACGGCGGAGCCAGAUUCAAAAACCUACUGGUGCCACGAAUGCGACAUGAGCGUCUCCCUCACUCCCUCUCCCUCUCCUUCCCCCCUCUCCUGCCCGCACUGCCACACCAACUUCCUCGAACUCAUGGACUCCCCCUCCGCCCAAAACGACGCCCCCUCCGCCCUCUUCGACGUCGUUUUCCAAGACGCACUCGCACUAUUCUCCCCCACUCCCGCCACCACCACUCGCCGCGCCGUCCCCGUGAUCGCCGCCACGCACGCUCUCCUCUCCUGCCUCGACCCCACCGGCGUUGUACACUGCGCCGUGUGUAAAGACCAGAUCGCGGUCGACGCGGAGGCUAAGCAGUUGCCCUGCGAGCAUCUCUACCACUCCGAUUGCAUCACGCCGUGGCUUGAGCUUCGUGGCUCGUGCCCGCUCUGCCGGUUUUGUCUUGAAGAGGAUGCGGUGGAGGAAGAGGAGAAUGACGGUGGUGAUGUUGCUGUUAGGAGGGAGUUGAUGGUGAGGUUGUUGGAGUUGACGGAGGAGGAUUUCUACGGGUUGAGGACUACGCUUAACCACAUUGUUAACCGGCACGCUUUUCUUCUGGAAUCCGAUGAUGGUUCUCGAGAGGCCGCGAAUCGUGAAGCUCGCGGUGGUGGUGGAGAAUCUGGAUCCUGAUGUGCUCGUGUGUCUGAGAAUUCUUCGCGGUAUGGGCUUUGUUUUCUGGUAUAUAGUGUAUUCAAAUAAAAUUGAAGUUGUAUCACCAUAGAUCGUCUUAUCAAGUGUAAAUCUGCACCGACGAUUACGCUUCUUCUGCUUUUCCCUCCUUUUUUGGGAACUCCAAUUAGCUAGUUGUAGUGCUAUAGCCAGAGAUACAAUAAACUCAUGGAAUGCACAACUAAUGUGCAUUGUCUUGCCUUCCCCUCCAUUCUCUCUAUGUUGCUCCUUGGAACUGGGUAACCACCUUUACCCAACUUUUUCUCCAUUUUAGGGAAUAAAGUCCUUGUAAAAUUAAGCUUUCAUUUGUGUUGUGUCUGUAUUACUAAAGUGGAUUCUUUCCACUGAAUCAUUUUGUUCAAGUUUUUUUCUUCUCUGUAGUAGAUAUUAUCUCCUGCUAGCAUGACUGUAGUUAGGGUAGAAGAUUGUUGAGGGAUUGAAUAAUCUCAGUGUGACUGUGUACCAUGGAAUGGAUGAGGCUUAAAUUGCAUAUUUUGUGGUUU